UCGAUAAUAUGCACACGUAAUAAUUAUAAUUAUAAUAAUAUGUCCAUUGUACAUCUGACGUUGAUCUCUGCGAGGUGGCGCGUAUGGAAAUUCAAAAUUUGUUUCGUCCGCAUAGCAAAUCACGAUAUGAAUUUUUAUUUUAUUUUUUAAAUUCCCGUACGCAGUGUGUACAUUAUAUACGUUAUCACCGUACGGGGCUGCACUGCGCGCGCGCCGUUUUCCCUCGCAACUCACAGGCCACAGGCCAGCAGCUGCUAUCAAGUAUCAACAUUCAACACUGACAAGUGACAACAGUCGGUUAACGAGCUUAAAACUUCGUGUUUUAUCACUGGUUUUUUCAAUAUAUAUAAUUACGCGUCGAUAAUUCAAAAUUUCAAUAAUUGUUAUAAAAUUACUUUCGGAUUGGUUUUUUUUUUUAUUUGUAAGGCGCGCGUGAUAUUUUCUAGCAGGCGUCGGUGAAAUGGACCCAGACGGUGGUGUCAACAAGAUGGAGUGUGACGAUGAUUCGUUUUUCGUCCAGAAAAUGAGAAGACUCAGUUUUGAUGCUGAUAGAGCGAUCCCAGCAUUGGUCAUUGCCAGUGCACCAUCGCCGCCUGACAGUCGCCGGUCAUUUUCACCCGAGAUCGGUGUCGACUCUUCGACACCCUUCCUCAAACCACGGGCCCUGCACAAGGUGCGCCUCAGGGGCCAAUCACCGUCGAGCGACACCAGCAGUGAAUCUACGCGUUCUAACAAAUUUCGAUUGUCUGUCAAUCCUUUCACUCCAACUGGCAUUGAAAUACUAAAAAACAAACAUAAGAAAAGACUGUGUUCAGCUAAACAGAACAUUAGUUUCUCUAGUUCUGAAGAUCAUUCAAGUCAUGACAGCAAUAGUAGUCUAUCCACUCCUCCUGACAAUAAAACGUCGUCUCCAGUAGAUCCUUCUAUCAGAGAUCUUAUGAAUGAAGGCGAAGUGACAAAUGUCAGUAUAUAUGAUUUGCAGACUUCUCGUUUCAACGAAGAGUUCAGAAUGGAUGAUUUUAUCGCUACUGGUGCAUUUGGUGAGGUAUACAAGUGUACAAAUCUAUUAGAUGGAAUCACAUAUGCUAUUAAAAAGACAAAAAAGACAAUUUACAAAAGCCAAGAAUACUUUAUCCGUAAAGAAGUUUAUGCCCACUCAGUAAUUGGACGUCAUCCAAACAUAGUUUCGUAUUUUACAGCUUGGCAUGAGAGAGGCCAUAUUUAUAUUCAAACAGAGUUUUGUAACGAUGGUACGCUGGAACGAAUGAUUCAUGAAUCUGACCAUGUAUUUUGUGAUAGUGCUUUAAGACGAUUAUUGUGCCAUGUAUGCAAAGGUCUAGCUCAUAUUCAUUCUAAAAAGCUUGCACAUUUAGACAUUAAAGCUGCCAAUAUAUUAAUAUGUCGUACUGAUGGUGCAUUGUGGUUUGCUGAAGAUCUAGAUGAUGAUGAAACAAUUGACAAAGAUAUUGUGUAUAAGAUUGGAGACUUUGGUCAUACAAUAUGUGUUGAAGAUGUCCGGACUAUUGAAGAUGGAGAUUGUCGGUAUUUACCUAAAGAACUAUUACGUGAUGAUUAUUCUCAAUUACAGAAAGCUGAUGUAUUUUCAACUGCGCUUACUGUAUAUGAGGCAGCAACUAAAAAAGAUUUACCCAAAAAUGGACCAGAAUGGCACCGUUUAAGGGAUGGUGAAUUUUCAUUGCCUCAAACUCCAGUUUUUAGUACUGGUCUUGAGAAAAUGCUUAAAAAAAUGGUUGACUUGAAUCCUAAUAAUAGACCAAAUGCUUCUACAGUGGUUAAUCUUUUGCUUGAUAGAGGAAUGGCAGCUGUAAAACAACAACAAGACGAAAUGGAAGUAUGGAAGUUGAGUUCUAAAUUCCUGGCACCUUGUUACUCUGUUGAAACACAAACACCAUCAAGAACAACAAUUGGACAGAGAAGAUAUGAACAUUCAAAACUGUAUCGAACAAGAAAAGAACGAAUUAAACGAUUGGUUGGUAGAAAAAUGAGCAGAUCGUGUAGUACUCCUAAUGUUUAACUAUAAGCCAUAAUUUAAUUAAUAUUAAUUAAUUAAAUUUAUCAUAAGUAUUUGUUUUUUAUUCUGUCUUUAAUUGAAGAAGUUAUUUCAAUAGCAUUGGCAAGUAUUGUAAUAAUGAUUUAAGUAUUAAUUGCUCCCUUUACAUUUUUUUUUUUUUUAUAUAAUUUUUAUAGCAUUAUUGUAUUUUAUAACUCUGUGAUAAGACGUGAAAAUUAUUUUCAAAUGUAUUAAGUACCUUAUUAGUAAUUAUUUAAAAAUUAGAAGUCCCAAAAACUAAAAGGAUUUUAAUGCCUAAAAAUAUUUAUAAUGUAUUGUCAAUUUAUAAUUUAAUUACAACUUAUUUAUCAAUUAUCUUUAUUUUUAUUUGCAAGUAUAAGUUAAUUGUAAGAUGGACAAUUUAGUUAAAAUUUUUGUUAAAAAAAAAUAGUAAUAAGUACUUAUUUAUUAUUAUUAUUUGUUAAUAUAUUUUCUUGUUCUAAAUGUGAUUUUGUUUUUUCUUAGCUGUGUAUGUUGGUAUAUUUGUAUAUAAAUUAUAUAGGUACUUUUACAAAAUAUAAAAUUACCUUUAUCUA